CUUUUUUUUCUUUCUUUUUUUGCUGGCCUGUCAGCCCUAGCAACAAGCAAACAGGCGCCUCUCAUUGGCCUCCUCAAUAUACAACUGCUUUCUAUUCGCCCUCCUCACCGCCACUCAGCAGCGAAAAUACCCGAAGAUUGCUGCUGGUGCUGCGGAUUCAAGGGCAGCAGGGCUGGGUAGGGUCUGGCCCGAGUACGCAGUGGAUGCAGAGGAAGCGAGAAAAACACGGGCGUCUGUUUUCGUAAUGGGUAUAUCAUUAAACUACCAGUGGCACUCUUUUAUGGAUGCAUGCUUUAUCUUCACUCCAUGCCCCCCUGCGGUCUGUAAUGACGGUCUAAUUGGGCCAAUAAGGAGCUUUUACUGUUUUGCAGCAUCUCUAGCGUAGACAAAUUGUUGCGCCAGAUGCAACGCCGUUCUCGAUACCGUGUGGUCGGCCCUUGACUGUCAUCUUUGGGUGCAGGUUUCUCAUCACCGUAAUCACCAGUACUUCUGCAGGGAAACACCAUGCUGACUAGCAUCACUGAAGGGAUACUGUGCUGCCUGACUGGGAAGACUGCCAAUCUAGUCUUGCCCCUGGAGUCAUCAGAACCCUCUGAUGGUUUUGAGUAUGUGGAGGUGAAACCUGGGAGGGUCCUGAGAGUGCGGCAUAUCGUCCCCGAGCGCCAACCCAUAGAAACAGAAAAACAAGUUGCUGAAAAGGACAAUGCAGAUGUUGACUGUUAUGAUAAAGAUUCUCCCAUAUCUAAUAAUGACGGCGACAGUGGCAGCAUUGUCCACUGCAAGAGGAAGAUCACAGUCUACCGAAAUGGCCAGCUGGUGAUCGAAAAUCUCGGGGAUGUUUUGCACUCUGAGAUUCUGCAGUGUCAGGAUGGGGAUUUAGAGCCCUGCAGCACUGUAGAGGUGGAGCUUGCUGACUACAAAGACAUAGCCUCUUCUCCAGACCCCAACCCUGUUCCUCCUCCAGUUCCUCCACCACCUGGGGAACAUAAACCUGCUCCGCCUCCACGCCGCCGCCGUCGCAAACCCAAGCGCACAGUUUUAAUAGACUCCAAGAGGAUGAUCUCGAGCUGCAAAGGAACGCACUCGGAUGUAGCACUGUUCUUCGUGCAUGGCGUCGGAGGAUCUCUUGACAUCUGGAGCAGCCAGCUGGACUUUUUCUCCCGCCUGGGCUACGAGGUCAUUGCGCCAGAUUUGGCAGGUCACGGAGCAAGCACAGCGCCACAGAUUGCAGCAGCUUAUACCUUUUAUGCCCUCGCGGAGGACCUGCGAGCCAUCUUCAAGAGAUAUGCUCGUAAACGCAACAUUCUUAUUGGGCACUCAUAUGGAGUGUCAUUUUGUACCUUCCUGGCGCACGAAUAUCCCGAUCUGGUCCAUAAGGUAGUAAUGAUCAAUGGAGGGGGUCCCACAGCUCUGGAGCCCAGCCUCUGCUCCAUCUUCCAACUGCCAUCUUGUGUCCUUCACUGUCUGUCACCUUGUCUGGCCUGGAGCUUCCUCAAAGCUGGAUUUGCCCGUCAGGGUGCCAAAGAAAAGCAGCUUUUGAAGCAGGGCAAUGCCUUCAAUGUGUCUCCGUUCGUUUUGCGAGCCAUGAUGAGCGGUCAGUACUGGCCCGAGGGGGACGAGGUAUACCAUGCCGAGCUCACUGUGCCCAUUCUUCUGGUUCAUGGCAUGUGUGACAAGUUUGUGCCCAUGGAUGAGGACCAGCGGAUGGCAGAGAUCCUCCUGUUCGCUUUCUUAAAAGUAAUCGAAGAGGGAAGUCACAUGGUCAUGAUGGAGUGUCCUGAAACUGUCAACACCCUCCUGCAUGAGUUCUUUCUAUGGGAGCCUGACAUGUCAAGAAAAGGCAGCAGCAAGACAGACACAGAGAAGGCGAUCGCUGCCAGUGACACUCUUCACACACUGAAAAACAGUAAACCUGUGAACAAAUAACCAUCAAGGCAUAAAGUUUUAUUAAAGAGCAAAGGAGAAGGCCUAUUUUUCGGCAGUUGGCAUGUAUUCCUAAGGCUCCCAGGCUGAGAGCUGUUUAAAACAGGGUCACAUCUUAUGGAUGUAGAUGACCACUGGUGCUCUGAGAUGAAGCGGGAAAGGACGUAUGAUGAGAGGGGCGGACGCCGAUACACAGUCAGUUUCUGCUACGCUUUUCGAUACCAGUUUGUCCUCCAUCUCACCAUGUUUGCAAACCAACACAAAGUCUGGAGGUAAAAGGCACCAUGAUUUGUGUAUGAAAUGUUUGUGGUGAAGAACUGACCGACGAGGCAUAAAAGGCGUGAAACGCUGUUGGAAUCGUCUCGCCUCCAUCAUAUAUAUUCUGUAAAGUACUGCAGAAAAGAGCUCCUGUUCUACCUUAAUAAAAUGGCUAAUUUAUCCAUUUUAACUCUGCUUUCAGUGGAAGAGAAGAAAAAAAAACAUCAAACACAGUCAACCGAGGAAUCAGGGAGGGUGAAGAGCAAUUUAUAACAGAAUAAUUGUGUUUGAUUAAAUGCAGACAGUGGAAAAAUAGAUUAAAUGCAUUAAAUAUACUACACUGUCCAUGUAAAAUGUGGAUAAUAACUGUGUCACAUGCUUACAUAAAUGACAAUAUGAUUGAAGGAGAAACACACACAUACAAAAAAAAUUUGUACCAUAUUGUUUUGGAACCACAUUCACACAAUAUGCAGUGUACAGCAUCUCAGACACACAAUCUGACUGAUUAACAAAUGACAGAAGCAAGUAACUUUCCUUGCACUAAACUCAAAAUCAAAAAUGCUAUGCGUCAGUAUUAAAGUGUAACGAUUUCAUAGUUAAUAUUAAAACAUAAAACAAACAUCAAAGCCGAGAGAGAUUCUCUUCCAGAUUAACAGCCAUUGCCUCGAUACCAUACAUAUAUACACACACAUAUAUAUAUAUUAUCCUAAGGAUAAAAAGUACUGAGAGCCUGCAUGAGUUCAGAGUAUGGAAAGAUAUAUACACAAGGGUUGUUUCAGACAGUUGCAAUAUAUUGCCAUAAAUUCCCAGCACAAUUGUCUUUUAAUGAAAUGGUUCCUCUCAGUGUGUAAGUAUUAUUAUUGUUUAUUUAUUUCUGUUUUUAUCCUGGCGUAACAGCAACAAACUGAUAAAAUGUUGUCUUAAGCUAAUAACUGAUCGCGAAACACGUGUGCGUUACCUAACCCUGCUGCUCCCCGUCCACCCUACACUGUAUAUCUACUCAUGUCGGACUGAAGGAAUGAGCAGGACGUGCUGCUCGCUGUUAGACAUUCAUUCGUGAAUGUUGCUUUGUCUCAUAGUGGGACAGUAAAGUGUGAAUAAAAGCACAGUCUGAUUCUCCCUGACAGUGCUUAUCUGUUGACUGGAUAGAUUACUGUUAUGUGUAACAGAGGAUGUAAGUCAGAGGAAGCCCAAAUAUGAAUCUGCCAAAGGCGAAAAAUCCCCUUAACCUCCUAAGACCUGAACUCUUCCACGGCAUGCAUUUUUAGUUUCUCUUUGAUAUUUGGACAUAUUGGGGCCCGAUGAACGUAAAAACAAAGAAUUACUAGAUUUUUUUUUUUACCUUAUUUUUGUUUUUAAGAAAAAUAAGAGCCACAUAUGAGCAUAUUCAUUUAAAAUUUCCUCGUAAGUGGAUAUCAGGACCUUGUAAAGCAAAAUUGAGUAUUUUGGUCUAAAUAACCCAAAAUGUGAUGUCCACAUAUGUGGACGCAGGGUCCUAGGAGGUUAAGAAAAAAAACAACAAAAAAAAGGGACUUUUGUGCUCUUCAUGCUGGUCUGUUAUAUAUGCAUUUUAAGAGAGAGUGCAGAUGCGAGAUGACUGGAUUUAUGCAACAGGAACAAAUGAACAGAAAUAGUUUGGGAAUAAAUGGAACCGGCUCUAAAACAUUAUAUAUUCUCUAUGGACUUUAUAAAAACCAACAAGUGCUGCUGAUGCAAAGUACUGUAUGUCUCUUUUGGUGUAAAAGGUCAGUAAAACUGUAUGGACUACAGGGUGCACAUGUACUUCUCCUUAUGCUAAAAGUGUGCAUAUAUAAAUUGUCAGUGCUCAUAUGUGCUAUAUCUUUUUGUGGUUAACAAAAUAUGUUAAUGUUAUUGUGGCAUUUAUUCAAGGGAAUCAUAUUAUAUGCACUGCCUGAAUGUAGAUGCAUAUAACAUUAUAUAGCCUAUUAAAACAAUUGAAUUCAGUGUAUGAAUGUGCCUUUCCUGGCAUGAAAUAAAUCAGAUGUUCCCAGUUAAAA